AUGACCGAUCCGAAAAACUUGGUGAACAAGGAGCCCCAUGAUUUUAGGGACCAUGCUGCUCAUAUGCAGUGGAAGAUUGAGCGCGAUGCUUUUCGUUCGACGGUGCCACUGAUUCCGCAAGACAUGUCUGCUGGAUCGAGAGCGACGUCUGCAACAGCAACAGUACUUCAGAAGGCCCUCGCGAACCCGUUGGUCCCGAUUGGAAUGACGGCGACAGUUGGAUGUCUUAUAGGAAUGAUGGUUGCCACAUUACGCAGAAGCUCAAAAGAUGCUCAACUGUUCAUGAGAGGUAGAGUUGCUGCUCAAGGAUUCACAAUUGCCGCAUUAGUUGGAGGAGCAAUCAUGUUUGGAAUCGGAGCACCGUCGGAAGCUGCUCUACGAGCCCCGCUUUCAGAAUCCCACAAUGUGAAUAUCGCGCCACCAAAACCGGCAAUUAGUCAUUAA